AUGAAUAUACCGUCUGCGUUAGCUGGCGAUUUCAUGGCGGGCCCUGGCACCGGAUCCCUCGGUGGGCCUCCAGUGCAGCACAAUUACAAACGUGCAGUAUGCCGAGCACCGCCCGUUCUCUUCGAUGUGGACGUACUACCCCCAACAAAGUUUGGGAGCGGCUACUGCUAUGGCAUGCGCAUCUACCCCAUCACCACCUCGGUACUGCCAGAUGACAAGUCGAGCAGGUCGUCCAAGUCAUCGGGAUCGAUGAACACGGAGUACGACAUCUGGCGGCGGUGGGAGGACUGCCUGUGGUUCCAGGAGAUCAUCGAGUCGGAGUACGCGCUGAUGGCGCGUCAGAAGCGACAGCGGCUCGCGGCGGCAAGGGCCCUGCCGCCCGGCCCGGAGGCGAGCAGCAUCGCGAAACACAUUCAUGAUGUAGUCCCGAAGCUCACGAAGAAGGGCACCUUCUUCAAGGCGAGCCAGGCCACGAUUGACCAGCGAGGAAAAGAGUUCAGGGCAAUGAUGGAGGCGCUGUGGGGGCCAGACGUGCCGACACUGAUCAAGGAGCUCAGGGAGACGAGGCUCGUACGGGACUUCUUUGGGUACUGGAGGAGGGACAAGGACCACGACCGCAAGAUUGCGGCACAGCGUCCUGCUUCGAGCGACGGCGUGAAGCCCAAGGUAUCGCUGUACUCUCGGUCCUCGCUCGCACCGAGCACGCUGUCCAUGUACUUCUCUCCAUCGAGCGUCGACCUCUCGCAGAUGCCGCCUUCGCCCUCCGCCGCGACCCAUGCCACGGCGCAAUCCCCGCGGGCACCCUCGAAGAACGCUAAACCACGGCACGCACCAUACGAUUCGACUGCGUCGUCCACGCAAUCCCCAGUCACGCCGACGCCGACAGCGAUGCAGUUCUCCAUCUCCCAUCGCGGCUCGCUCACGCCGCAGCCCUACGCAUCGUUCUCGGACGACGAGACAUCAACCGGCCGCCGCUCGAUAUCGUCCGUGCGCUUCAAGCGCAGCCAAAGCCAAAGCAGGCACGAGUCGAAGAUGGGCCUCGACGAGAUGCCUAUCGUCUUCCUGCCCGACGGCCAGCCGGCCGAGGCGGCCACGACCGGCCAAGCCCACGAACGGCACACCGCCCUGCAGGCCCUCCCGGAGGACCAGGAACUUGUGGCCGGCAUGGGCGGUCUCUCCACCAACGGCGCGAGCUCGCCGCCGCGCGCCGUGCCGAUACGGCGGGCACGCAACAAUUCGUGCCCGGACCGGACAAACCGCAACUGCGUCGUGUUCUCGCCGACCCCUGAGGAGGGCGCCGAUGCCGACGGCGAGGGCGGCGUGGCGGAGUCGCCCCGGCACACGAUCCUCAGCUCCUCGCGGCCGUCGUCCGUCGCGCUCUCGAUGUUCUCGGAGAUCUCUGGGGUCUCGAGCUGGCGCAGCUCGGUCGCCUCCGAGGCGAGCAUCGCGACCAUCUCCACGAGCCUCCCGCGCGAGUCGUGUCUGUCGCUGGACACGGACUCGUCUGGGUCGCUCUACUCGCAGGGCUCGUCGCAGGGCCAUGGCCUUGACCACCGCGCGUCCGUCGCGACGAUGAACUCGUUGGUGUCGGGAUUCUCGGCGAGCGAUGUCGCCCCCUCGAAUGGAGGGAGCGUGAAGCGCUCGAAGAGCACUGGGUCGCGGAGAACGCCAAGCGCGCUCUCGGGCGGCCCUAUCUCCGCAGACGACGUGUAUGAGUACGAACAGCCGGACGAUGUCAUCGACGCGUACUUUUAUGAUUCAGCCGUCCAUCUUUCUGAACAUUCCAAAUACCAGCAGCCGACUAGACAAGUCGUGGCGCCCGAGCGAUUCCCUAAGCCAUUCCAAGACCGCCCGCCAGGGCAGUUCCACCUCCCAUGGUCCGCCCCGAACUCCCCCAACCCGCGCAUCUCCGUCUCUUCCGCCAGCCCCAUCCCCGCGACACACGGGGCUGUCUCCUCUGUGGGCAGCCCGACCGGCCCCGACACGCUCACGAUCAAGGCGAUGCUCGACGACUCGCUCAUCGUGCUCGUCCGCGUGGUGCAGACGGCGCCGUUCCUGGCCGUGCGCGAGCGCAUCCAGAGCAAGUUCGCGAAGCAGGAAGGCGUGGAGCUUCCUGAUUCUUUCGUCAUCGGCUACGUCCCCGCCAGCGAGCGCGCGCGGCUAGCGCAUGAGCGCGGCCGGGUGCGCUCGAACUCGACGCCCAUUCUCGCGAGCGAGGCGGCCGAGCCGCUGCGGAUCGUCUCUUCGGAGGAGGAGUGGCACACCGCUGUCGCCGGCGCGUCCUCGAAGCUCGCUGUAAGGAUAUUCAAAUCAAGACCGUGA